AACCACUUCCCGUCCGGCCCGCUGUUUAUAAACGGCAGGACGGGACACCUACAGGAGCGGGUUGCCGUCUCUAAACGGCACCUUGUAUCUGAGGCUCGUGCGCGGCUCCUAGAGCGCGCACCUGCGAGCCCGAUGAUCGCCGAGUCCGACGGACACGGUGGAUUACGUAACGCUGGGCGGGACCUCUGUGUGAGGUCCAGAUCAUGUGAUCACUGAUUGGCCAAUCAGUGAUCACAUGAAUAGGUGUAAGCAAGAUGUCACUUCUGAUAUCAUUGCUUACUAAGUGUGAAAUCUGUGAAUGAUCACAGAGAUCACAUGGUACAAGGCUAUUCACAACAGCCUUGUACCAUGUGACAAGCUGUGAGCAAUCACAGCUCACACAGUA